AUGCGACUGACUCCACAGCGCUUCUAUAUCUACCUGCUGACUCUGCUGUUAUGGCUCGACAACCGCACCACAGCCAGAAAACAUCACAAGUGCCCAAUAGGCUUUCAUUUAGCCUAUACAAAAGAUGAAAUGCCAAUAUGCUACCGUGAGAAAGGACCGGAGACUUUCGCAGAAAAGUUUAAAGACUGCACCGGCAACUUGUACACUUCGAAAUUGUACCAUAGUUUGAAUCUAACUAAGACUAAUAAGGUGCUAUGGACGGAGUACAAGUCACUGUACCCCGGGGGACCUUUCAUAGACUGGUCUUACACGGCGUCCGCUGGCGAUAUUCUAGUCACGACAUACGACGUAAAAUACGACACCACUCUAGGAAUAGAUGAAGAGCUAUGCGUGAUUAUCGAUCCCGUGAGCAAUUUCACUGCGACAAGAUGCUACGAGAAGCACUAUAGGUAUUGCUUCGUACAUCCAUAUCCUGAUGAACAUGAUAUGGGUAGAAAAGGAUGCGCAGGUUUUCGUGGGUCUUGGAGGUUCUACAGUCCAACCUCGGACUGUUUGACGGCUGUGACAGGUGUCGGAGGGGGGACGGUGAGGGCUACGUGGCGGCAAGCACAGGAGUUGUGUUCGAAAAGAGGAGGUUCUUUGCUGCACAGGGGUUGGAGAUAUUCAAAUAAUCCGUUGCUGCACACCUCAGGCUCCUACCCGAUGUAUCCAAUGGGUGUGGUGAUGAAUACGGAGCACGACAUACUACGGUAUGACGCUGAUAACGACACGGAAGAAAUUCCGGAUUCAGAUUGGCACUUCGAAACAACACAAUCGCCAGUAGACGCCGUGUUCGGUGCCGUGCGUGACGAAUUCUGGUACUUGGUGAAUAGUUCCUAUGUAUUCUUCGACGUCAUUUGCGAGAAGCCCGCACCAUUGCGAUACCUCGACCUUAAACUCACAGUGGAUUGGGAGGCCAAUAUUUUCCUCGCCGUUAAUGAUACUAUAAAGAAAAAUGACAUCAGCUGUUAUUCAGACAGCCUGGUCUACUAUCCUUCUUCAACCGAUAUAAGUAAGACUGAUGAUGAACAAAUAUUGCGAGUUGACCCUGACCACGAUGGCUACUACUGGUGCAUCCAAUAUGAUUACAAGAAUUUUCACGUCUCGACGUCCAACAGAGCUCUCUUCAUCAGGUCUAAACAAUCCGUUCUCAAUCUUUAUGCUUGUAAAAUCCGUUUAAAGAACGAAUAUCGUUUCGAGAACCUCGACAAACUGUAUAAAGUUUGGAAGAAGAAACUCGAAGUGUUUAUCUACUAUAGAACGAAAUACGUCAGCGUUUACGGAGAUAUGAAUACCACCGAUCCGUAUGAAGCCGAGAGAUUACUGAAAGCCUUUAAAAGUGCCAAACCAGAUUUGAACUGGAAGGAUAGUGACGUGAUCUUCAAUUUGAAGAUAAAGAGGCUGUAUUUGGAUUCAAGGACGGCGCUGGUGCACGUGAUGCUGAACCCCGAGAUGCAGCCGCUGAUGCCAGGGCUAUGGGAUACUAUGGAGGUGCUGUUCAUGAAACCGGCUUACUUCUGUAAAGGAUUUAAUUCCGUGCCCACUUUGCCGCUGGGUGAAUCGGUGACCACUACUGGUUCCCGUAUGUACUCGUGCAUUGGCGACUUCAACGAGGGUGUUCAGUGGGUGGAGUCGUUUGCGCGAGAUUACAACCCUACACCUGUCGAGAUCACCGAGUUAUACGGGAUUGAAGAUGUCACUGUGCCCAAUACACUACCUGAUAUGGCUAAGGUUCAACAGCAGCAGACAACCGAAGAUAGUCAGAGCUCAUCUGAGGAAUAUCAUUCGCGUUCUCCGCGUCCAAAACCCAGUCCACCCGAGGGGGUCAACACUACAACAGAAACUAUCAGCGAAGUCAUUACUGUCACGACAUCCCCUGAUCUGAUCAUCACUGUCACCAUACCCCCCAUCGUCACUGAAACACAAGCUACUACCGAGUAUAGUGAAACUACAACGGCGUUACCUCUUCCAACCACGUCAUUGCCUCCGGAUAUACAGCUGGACCAGUUGCUUGAAGAUUUGGAAGCGUUGUUGCAGAACGAAACGCUACCAUUGGAGAGCAUUACUACAACCUUUGAUCAGGUGAAUGAUAUCCUGGACGUGGAAGACGAGCAUCUGGAGAUCCCGGGGCAACUGCUGCAUAUGCUGGACGAACUGGGCGCACGCGUGCAGUUGCAGGAGGGCGAGUCCACCGCCGUCGAGGUUCGGCACAAUGUAGCGCUACUACUAGCGGACGUGUCACCCACCCAUCCUGUGCUCGGCCUGCGUGUCGCUGCCAGGGACAACGAUGCAUUUGACAACCAAUCUUUUCAUUUUAUUGCUUCGGAUGUGGGUGCGGAGAGCCUGGUGGCGAACGAGACGGAGGCGCUGGUGCAGCUGCCCGCGUCGGUGUCGCGCGUGCCGCGGCGCGUCAGCUUCGUGGCGUUCCGCAACCAGCGCGCCUUCCCCUCGAGCCUCGUCGUCAACAGCCGCGUGUUCAGCGUCAACGUCGAGAACCUCACCACCUUCGACGAGGGCGAGGUGAUAGACAUCCACCUGACGCCGCUGGUGGAGGCGCCGGGGCGGGAGGCGCGGCGCGCGUGCGCGUACUGGCAGUUCGCGGCGGGCGGCGGCGGGCAGUGGUCGCGCGCCGGCUGCCAGCUGCUGCGCGGCGGCGCGGGCCUGCUGGACACCUGCCGCUGCACGCACCUCACGCACUUCGCCGAGGUGCUCGUGCCGCGGACGCUGUUCUCCGAGCGCGACGAGCGAGCCCUCGAGGUGCUCUCGCUCGUCGGGUGUUUCGUGUCCAUGUUCGGGCUCGCGGUGAUCGCGCUCACGGCGGGCCUGUUCCGGUCGUGGCGGCGCGAGUACGGCAACAAGGUGUGGCUGCACCUGUGCGGGGCGGUGCUCGCGCUGGCGGUCUGCUUCGUGGUGGUGGUGUUCGCGCGGUUCGAGCGGUACGGGGCCGCGUGCAUGACGGUGGGCGUGGCGCUGCACUACUCGGUGCUGGCGUCGUUCUGCUGGAUGCUGGUGGCGGCCGUGCUGUCGUACCGGCGGCUGGUGGUGGUGUUCGCGCGGGACGCGUCGCACAAGUUGCUGCGCGCGGCCGCGUUCGCGUGGGGCGCGCCGUGCGCCGUCGUCGGGAUCCUGCUGUCGGUCGACCCGCAGUCGUACGCGGGCCGAUUCGAGGAGAAGGCCCCGAGCGGCAGUUUCUGCUAUCCUUCCGGGCUCGCCCUGUGGCUCGCCGUGUACGCGCCGAUCGCGGUGAUGCUGCUCGCGAACUGGACGCUAUUCGCUCUGAUAGUCCGUUCUGUGUUCGCGUCGCGAAGGAUCCAGAGGCACGGCGACUCGAACGAGGCGCUCCGGUGCGCGUCGGUGAGCUGCCUGCUCGUGUUCCUGUUCGGGCUGCCGUGGAUCUUCGGCCUGUUCGCGUCGAACGUGGUCGCCGCGUACCUGUUCACGCUCACGGCGACGUUUCAGGGGUUCGUUCUCUUCCUAUUCUUCGUCGUCGGAAACAAGAAGACGAGAGAUCUGUGGCUGAACAAACUUAAGAUCAAGCAGACCCGCAAGGUGCCGGUGACGUCAUCGACGUACACGAAUAGGAGCACGGGGCCCGGGUGGCGGGGCGGGGGGGCGGAGGCGAGUCCGGUGUCGACGGACGCGAAGACGACGAAGCCGAGGUCGCUGUCCUCCCCGGACGACUCGAGAUUCUCCUGACCGCCGCCGUCUUCGUGUUAGGGAGUCUUUCACAACUACCGCCCGUCCCCUUGCCUUGGAUUCUUAUAUUUCGACCGGGA